UGAUUAACAACAUUGUUUUUCCGUUAUUAUGACAUCUCUUUUGAUAAACAAUUCUAAACAAGCAACAACAACAACAAUUUGACACUUUCUUUUAGCAAACGAACAAAAAAAGUUGCAACGAUUGAAAGCAAAACGAAAGAAAAAACCUUGAACUUCUCUUCAUUCCUGAGUUUUCGGUUUCUGUUGUUUGAUGGUGGUGGCUUGCCUGCAUCUUUUUGUUUCUUACAUUUCGGCAAAGAAAAUUUGUUCCAAAAAAUUUUUUGUUGCAAAAUUAAUUGAAACGCCGAAUUGACACAAAUCUAAUAAAAUGCCCAAGGCAAAUAAAGUGAAUGUUAAGGAAAAAGUUGAGGAUAAUGUUUGCGAUUUAAGUUUGUCCGAAUUGAGGGAGAUUCCCGUCAAAGAAAUCGCUUCCUUUAAGCGUGUAAAUGUAUUGGAUUUAUCUAGUAAUCGUUUGAUGUCUUUGGGUAAAAACUUUAGCACACUAACGCGAUUGGUUAAGUUGGAUUUGAGUAAAAAUCAAAUUAAAUUUUUACCCGAGGACUUUGGUCUUUUAAGAAAUCUUAGACAUUUGGAUUUGUACAACAAUCAAUUGGAACAUUUGCCUUUGAGUUUUGGUGAUUUAACAAAUUUAAGAUAUUUAGAUCUUAAAGGUAAUCCCUUAACACCGGCUUUAACGAAGAUUGUGGGCAUUUGCACAACAACAAAGGAUUGUCAAGAUUCGGCUAAGAGAACGGUUAAAUUCAUGUCCGCUAUGCAAGUGGAGGCCAUAAAAGCCAAAGAACAAUAUAAACAGGAAAUUUUACAAAAUCAAAAUACACACUCUAUCCAAGAUGAAAUUGAAAAUUCUGACAAAUCUCAAGAAUUGCCACAAAAAUCAAAGAAAUCCAAGAAAUCAAAAUCCAAAAAGAAAUCGAGCAAUAAUCAAGAUUCAGCAACUCACACAGUGGCACUCUCGGCCGAUGACAAUAUAACCAUAGCAAAGACCACUAAAAAUAAAAAGUCUGCCAACGGUUCAUUAAAGUACACAACAAAAUCUGUACCACCCUCAACAGCUUUAACAUCGCUGAUCAUCUUUUUGCUAAUGGUGGCAUUUAAUGUGGUACUCAUCUAUAUGAUUAUGUUCAAAAAUCCAGAAAUUGCUGAAAAAAUUGUGGAAUCGAUACCGCAUCAAUAUCGUGAUUGGAUUUUAACUAAAACUGAAAUCUUUCGUUUGCGUGUUACCGACUGGAUUUCAGAAUUUCGUACACCACCAGAGGAACACUGACGGUUCAUCUAUUUGAAGCCAUAAGUGUAGAGAGUUAUGAAAGAAAAGGGCGAGUUUGAUUGAUCAAGUUUAAAGGACAAAUACAAAAUUUUAAACUUUCGAUUGAUAAUGGCUUCAAAUAGAGAAAAAACGAUUAAGGCCCAAAAUUGGUUAUCUAAAAAAUUAAGAGAUAAAUUUGUAAUUUUGACAAAAUAGAAAUAUUAUUGUUUUAUGACCGCAUUGUACACAAACGUAUUUAACCAAAGAAAUUUAUAAAUUUCAAAAUUUAACAAAUUUUUAGAAUAUAAAAUUUGUAUACUGCCAUUUAUAUAAUCUGAUCUGUAUCUAUUAGAACUGUAACUAUCAUCAACAUUAUUAACAACAUUAAUUUUAUAUAAAAAGUUAUUAUUAUUAUUACGUUUUACGUCCAUGUCCAAAAGCAACAUCAACAAAAAGUUAACAACAGAAAUCUUCUAUAUUAGAGAAAAUACAAAAUAUUUAAAUAUUUAUAUACAAACAAACACGUUUAAGAGAAUUCUACGUUUAAUUUUUGUUUAAAUUUAAUUUCUAUAUAAUUUAUUUAAUUUCUUCCUACAAUAGCCAGACAAACAGUAACCACAGUAACAACUAAUUCAAUGUUCCAUACAAUUACAAGCUAAAAUACUUACUAAAUAGAAAAAGAAAACCAAACAGUAUAAUCAACUAUGUUUUAAUUGAAAUAUUAAAGAAAUACAAAAAUAAACUCAAUAUUUUUUCAAUAUUUUACACAAUUUACAAUCAAGCUUAAAGGUGUUAUACUUAAAGUAUAACACUUUUCAACAAACUAUACUAAAUACUUACUUACACUAUACAUCAUUACAUAUUAUUAACUAACAAUAAAACAAAAACUCAACUCAAUAAAUCUGCAAGCAAUAGUUGACAGUAAAAUACAAAAACAAUUAUAAAAUGUAAUUCAAUCUACUCACAGAGUUUUAUGUUGUUAAAUUUUUACCAAAUCGCCACAUACAUUUUAUACAAUACCUCGUUUUGUUUAUUUUUUUCUGCCUCCUUAUAGUUUUGCAUUUUUUUGCUGGAAAAUUCUUUAAGAAUUUCUUGUUAUGUGUUAACUUUAGUUGAAUUAUAUUUCAAUACAGAUAAAUAUUAAAUACUUUUUUUUAAAUAUUUUAUUUCUCAAUUUGGUAGUUUUUAUAUAUUAAAAUUAACUUAAAAUAUUUUAUGCAUUUCUUUAUCAAUUAUUAUAACCUUUAUCUUUAUUAUAAACAAAAAGAGCAAAUUAUUUAAGCAAAUAUCUUUUUUAUAUUUUAUCAUACAACUAAGUUUAAAAUUAAAUCUAUCAUUUCACACAUAUACAUUUUUUCAACUUGAUCUAUAAGUAAUAUAACUAAAUAAAGUUUUUUGAAGCAAA